UCAUUUCUAAGGCGCGUCUUGAGGUAGAACUCACUAAAUUAUUAUUGAACACACAUGCAUGAUGCAUCACCGGCCCGGCCAUCAAACCACUCACUAUUGAAAAUCAUACAGACACUAAAUUCAGGAAAAAAGUUUACCAAACAAUUCUGUGGUCUAUCUGACUAUCUGAGUUUGGAGCUUAGUGUUCGUGCUACCAACUACCAAUCCCAUAUCCCCCCCACACGAAGAUAUAUAUUAGAUCAAAGCCCAAUUACCACGCAAAGCUUCUGUGUUAAUAUUCUUUCAGUUGCCGUUUAAUUCGUUGAUAUACAGAAUGUCAAGCUUAAGAGCCCCGUCAAAUUAUUCUGAAGAACCACCUCGCCAUCCAAGUCUCGUGGUAAAUUCCCAGGUUAAUCCACUCUCUCAUUCGUGUCUUUGAUUUUGUAAAAGAACAAAUAUAUUGUUGUUGUUGUGGUUUUCGGCGUCUUUUUUAUUUUCAAAUAUGCUGUACUGCUGUAUAUGCGUGAUAUAUACUGCAGGAACCUUUCAAUGCAGAGCCACCACGUUCGGCGUUGAUAGCCUCUUAUGUGACCCCAGUAGAUUUGUUCUACAAGCGAAACCAUGGACCAAUUCCUGUGCUUGAUGAUAUUGAAAGGUAUCGAGUUACUAUAUGCGGUAUUGCGGUUUGGUAGAAAAGCCUCUGGAAUUGUCAAUGGCAGACAUCAGGAAGCUUUCGAAGCACACUGUGACAGCAACAUUGCAAUGUGCAGGUAACAGGAGGACUGCAAUGAGCAAAGUAAAGCCGGUGAAAGGUGUUGGGUGCGACGUUUCUGCAAUUGGAAAACCAUUUCAAUUUCAUUAAUUCACAGAUACACUUGCACUUAAUUUCAACAUGUUUAUGACCAACUAAUAGCUCCUUAAUCAAUUUCAGCCAUUUGGGGUGGGGCUAAACUUGCUGAUGUUCUUGAACUUGUGGGAAUCUCAAAGUCAACAUCAGUAUCAUCACCCUUAGGGGGCAAUCAUGUUGAGUUUGUUAGUGUUGAUAUGUGCAAGGAGGAAAAAGGGGGGCCUUACAAGUCAUCAAUUCCAUUACUUCAAGCCACAAAUUUAGAUGCAGAGGUUAUCCUUGCAUAUGAAAUGAAUGGACAGCCUCUAAACAGGGAUCAUGGCUAUCCUCUGCGUGUGAUUGUUCCUGGUGUGAUUGGUGCUCGAUCUGUAAAAUGGCUUAGUUCCAUCAAUAUUAUUGAAAAUGAAUGCCAGGGAUUUUUUACGCAAAGGGACUAUAAAAUGUUUCCUCCUACAGUAAACUGGGAAAAUAUAGAUUGGUCAACUAGAAGGCCUCAGAUGGAUUUUCCAGUUCAGUCUGUGAUUUGUUCUCUGGAGGAAGAAAAUACAGUAGAGCCUGGAAAGAUUGUAGUUCAUGGAUAUGCAGUGUCUGGAGGCGGUCGGGGGAUUGAGCGAGUGGAUGUAUCUUUCGAUGGAGGCAAGACAUGGGAGGAAGCAAUCAGAUACCAGAAGAGUACUGAAGUCCCAUAUGUUGCUGAUGAUACAAGCAGCGGUGACAAGUGGGCAUGGGUGCUGUUUAAGGCUGAAGCAGAUGUCUCUCACACUACUGAAAUCGUCACCAAAGCAGUUGAUAUAGCUGGAAAUGUCCAACCCGAAAAUGUGGGUGUCAUCUGGAACCUGAGAGGAAUACUAAACACGUCUUGGCACAGGGUCCGUGUUGAAGUGGAGGACCCUAAUUUCUGAUUCUCAAUACUUGCGCACUCUUUAGGAGACAACUGUGUACAAUUCAAGCACCAGGAAUCAAAGCCUACCACAAAUCUGAACAUUUCAAUGCCACCUUACCUCACUGCUACAAGUGUGUGUAAUUUAUGUAAUCACUCUAAGGAAUAUGUACGAUUCAGACUCCUAAAUCAAUCCACGUCUUAUUCCAUUAUUAAGAGCCACCAUAUAUGUAGUAAGAACAAUUAUCACGCCAUGCACAACCAAUAAAAUUCAGCAAAUUCUCAAUGCUUCAA